AUGGACAAGCUGAAGAGUCUGCUGGCGGCGAAGAAGAAGGAGACGAGCGAGGUUCGCGGGGACAAGAAAUGGAUGCGGAAGGCGGACCUCGAGGCGGCGCGGCUCAAGCGACUGCGCGAGGAGGAGCAGAGAGAGCUCGCAGCCAAGGCCCGCAAGAAGCCCAGGCUGGUCGACGAGGUGUCUGAGCCGAGCAGGAGCAGGGACGCGGACGCUGCGCGGCGCGGGGGGGUCGCGCGACAGCGCACCCCGGAGGAGGUCAUCCAGCGCCUCCGCACGCUCGGCCAGCCCGCCACGCUCUUCGGCGAGGGCCACCCAGAGCGCGCCGAGCGGCUCCGGCGCGUCGAGAAGGAGCUCGACGUCGACGCGAACGACGGCGAGGUCCACGGCAAGAACAUCGUUUUGGAGAUCCAGCGCGAAGAGGAGGCACAGCGCCGGGCCGAGGCGGCCGUGCGCGCGCAGCAGCGCGGCGCGGACGAGGACGACAAGCCCGGCGAGGACGCGCCCGCGGCGGGCGGCGACGCCGCGCCGGCGGACCCCACGGCCGCGGCGUUCGCGGAGGCGGCGCGCGCGCUGCAGGAGAGGUUGGAGGAGGAGCGGAUGGAGCCGGAGGACCUGAUCGCGAAGUACUUGCGGCGGUGGUGCGACGCGUGGAAGGAGGACAUGGACGCGCGGCCGGAGGCGGUCCGGAACGGCCCCGCGGGCGUGCAGGCGACGAACCUGUUCAAGCAGACCAUGCUGUUUUUCCGGCCGCUGUUCGAGCGGCUGGAGCGGCGGGAGCUGAACGCGGAGCUCAUGGCGGGGCUGUACUUGAUGGUGGAGGCCAUGCGGCAGCGGCACUACCUGCAGGCGUACGACGUGUACAUGAAGGUCACCAUUGGCAACGCGCCGUGGCCGAUCGGGGUGACGCAGGUGGGGCUGCACGAGCGGGCGGGGCGCGAGAAGAUCCGGCUCGGGCACAAGGCGGCGUCGGCGCACAUCAUGACGGACGAGGCGACGCGGAAGUUCCUGCAGGGCUGGAAGCGGCUGCUGACGUUCGUGCAGCGGCGGUGGCCGACGGACCCGUCGCGGUCCGUGGACUUCAACGCGCAGACGGGGGACGGGUGGGGCGCGGCGGGGGGCGGGUCGAUGAAGCAGGCGCUGAUCGAGGCCGAGCAGAAGGGCGAGAAGCCCGACAACAAGUGGGCGUACAAGUGGGCGGUAGAAAACGGGGCCGGGAAGUGCUCCGUGCCGGAGAAGUGGGAGUACACGCUGAAGAGGGCGUACGCGGCGAUGGAGAGGCGGUACGAGACGCAGGCCGCGGACGCCGCGGGCAAGACGGCGGGCGACGCGUGA